CUACGCCGCUAAUUCAUCUUCACAGCUAUGCAGCGUCGACCGCACUCUACCAAUUCAUCAUCUUUACAGCUACGCAACAUCGUCCCACACUCCACCAACUCGCCGCCUUUACAGCUGCGCAGCGUCGCGUCGACACUCCGUGGUUUAUUAUCUGUUUAUUCUUAUCUAA